GGAUCGAUGCCGUCUGGCAACCAUGUACGAUGUCAUCAUCACCAUUCAGCAUUUGUUUUCUUUUUUGUUCUCGUCUUUUUUUGGCGCCAUCGGAUGUUGUUGCUUAUUCUUGUGAUGUCCAUCGUAGUGUACCAAAUUUCGCUGUAAUUUUUCAUCGGGUGUCUACUGUGUGUGCCGCAACGCAGCUUCCAUGUCCGAUCUAAGCCUUUGCAUCCAUUCUGCGUCCUUCGAAACGUACACAGACGCUACGCUUUCGUUUACUCGUAAAGCACGACCCGCAUGGUGCCGGUGCAGACCUGAAAGCAGUCACUCCUUGUCAGACUGGACAGAGUGGGCCCUAAACAAACCGUACCGCGAAAGGGUAAGAGUUCUGUAUAGAACACUGUCUAUUCGCCAUGCGAGACCCGUAGAAGUGGUAGACGGUGAGCUACGUUUCGCUGGGAAAGUGCACAGCAGGAUGACAGCGUCCGUCAGAAGUGUCCGCUAUGCACCGGUGCGGCAGAAUGGUGGCCUAGUGACCACGUCCUCCAACGCUAACGAUGUGAGAGGACAGAAAAUGCGCAGCGCUCCCCGCUACAAUGCAACGCACAAAACAAGUGGCGGUAAGCCGGGCAAAGUAGGUGGUGGCACCAUGUACUCCGACCCAAUCCGGCUGGAUGAGAGGGAGGAAUAUGCAAAAAUUCUUCAGAAAUGUCUCGAGGGUCGAGUGCACUUCACACGUAGAACAUGCAAACUAGCGUCACGUCUCAGCGAUGAGCACGGCCCACAGCACGCAAAAGUGGAUGCCAAACGCUCAGUCGUGAGUAAAGAAGUAUUAGAUUCACCGCAUGCGUGGAGCCUGCAAAAGCGGUCAUGCCUCACCAGUAAUGUUCAACAACCACCCCCGAAGGUUACUGCCAGACAGAGAUUGUCGUCAGUGCAAGAAAUGAAAAUGUUGGAGUCUCCGCAGUGGAUGGAGGACCUGAAGCAGAUACUUGAUGUAUAUCACAAAUCGCGUGUGGAACGAGAAAAACUGACAGGAACCACACGAUGUGUCCGAGGAAGAUUGAAGAUGCCGAAGCUGAGUGAAGCGAUGCACGCGGAGAUUAACGCCGCAUUGGUAGCUUUCCCGGCCGACGAAGUCCUUGUGACUGCCUUCGGAUUGACAAUCCGCCGGUGUGAUAUGGAGACUCUGUCAGGAUUAAACUGGUUGAACGACGAGGUUAUCAACUUCUAUAUGAACCUGCUGAUGCAGCGCUCGCAGGAGAACCCGAAGCUGGCGAAAGUAUACGCAUUUAACACGUUCUUUUAUCCAAGACUGGCUGCGGGUAGUCACAAGUCAGUGCAAAGGUGGACAAGGAAGGUUGACAUAUUUUCGUAUGACAUUCUUCUCGUACCACUGCACUUCCACGCUCACUGGUGCCUUUCCUCAGUGGACUUGCGGAAGGGUCACAUAGCUUACUAUGACUCCAUGGGUGGCAGCUCUGACAUGGAUGUGCUGGAAACCAUCAGGGAAUACCUGCAGGAAGAAUCUAUGGAGAAGCGAAAGUUUGAACUGGAUACAAGCCAGUGGACAAUGGUGGUCAUGAGGGACAUUCCUCUCCAGAAGAACGGGAGUGACUGUGGCAUGUUUGUCUGCCAGUACGCAGAGUGCAUAUCGCGGGGAGCGAGUAUUAACUUUUCUCAGCAGGACAUGCCCUACCUGCGGAGGCGGAUGGUGUAUGAGAUCCUUCACAAGUCUCUACUCAGUUAGUCGUUGCACCAGGACUACCCCUUUUUCACUAAGACAGUGUAAAAUCUUUUGUAAGAAUGCUGGUAUAAAAUAUUUUAUUUGGUGUCUAAAUUAUGAGUGUGCAAUUAAACAGACUUUCUGUUUUGUA